UCUGUGUGUGAAAGGUGUGUGUGCAGCUGCUGGAGUGCAAGUGAUAGAUUCUCCACUGCUGACUCAGCAGAUUGAAGCUCAGCGACUCAGUUUAAAGCACCUAAAGAACGAGAACAACAGACUAAAGGCAGAAAAGAUGCGUGCUCAGCUGGCAUCUCUUCCUCCUCUGAACGUGCCAAAGCUGGGCUGGCGAGAGGGCUGCAGGCCUGAGGUGCUGUCUAGCGCCCUCUACCGCAAAACAGACCAACUGCUGGAUACUCUCCUCCAGAUGAGUGCCAAUGUGAAAGUGGUGGACAUCACUGGGAAAUCUCCAGUGAGUCCCAGUGCACAGCUCCUCGAGCAAACAGCAAGACUGCAGUCGCUCAGUGACACUCUCGAUAGGCUUAAGGAUGAAGUUGCUGAGCAUGUAGUGACUCAUAGGCCUGGUGCUCAAGUCUCGUCUGAUUUCGCCACUUUUCCCUGCACUUCCUUUGUUAAGGCAAAGGAGGAGAAGAAAGGAGAUGCUGUGCUGGUUGGUCGUGUGAUGAUGCCUUGCGCGCGAGGACAGGAACAGGUGCAUCGUCUUUUGCUUUCAAAGACACAGUUACAAAGAGUUCAUUGCCUUCUCCAGACUUAAAAUAACCCCCAAAAAACCAAACUUGCUCACAUUCAGUCUUCAAAACAUACAUUGAAACAGCAGAUAUAAUGGAGAAUGGAUCUAGGGCCACAAACCAAGAACAAUAAACACAAUAAAUGCUUCAUUUUGACAAGCCCACACAAGUCAAGCAUUUGGAAUGCUUUGAAUGUGAUGAUAUCUACCACAGCAAAAUCUGUAAAAUGAUACAAAAAGGCUACAGAUUUGAAACGUGAGACAUGCUGAGGACGUUUUAACAAUUAGACUUUAUUAACAUGGCAUGAAAUAGAUGAUUCGGCAUGAUCCCUACUGCUUUAUAUCUGCAUCCAUUUAAUACCUUUCAUUCUCUUCCCGAUUUGGAUUCCCAUUGAUCUAUGUUUACAAGUAUUUACCUAAAAGGAUUACAGUUCAAAUAGUGUAUGUUUAAUUAGUGGUGCUUCCUAAGUGAUUAGACUUAAAAUUUUCAACUGAUGGACAAUAAAACAAGAAAAAUUACCAAUAAAAUGGAAGUAGAGAUCCGAACCAUAUGAUUGGACCAGGAAACAACCACCCGAACACUCUGGCAACCACCUAGCAAUUACAUCGCAACAUACUAAAGAACAAUUUAAGAUCUUAUAGCAUCUCUCUGGCAACUACCUGAAGGACCCUAGCAUUGUGGCAUCAAGUUCUGCAUGCACAAGCAUCGCUUACAUUAUUUUCAUAAAACGUAAAAAUCUAGUUGGCCAUUUAAAUGUGCGUUCUCACUUGUGGUUGUUCAGUGAAUUUUCAUGGGCGAAAUCCAGUCAUUUCAACUGGGAAUCCACCCGAUUAGAAAUUUUGCAAGAGGGCAAAAGAUUUCCCCAUUCAUGUUGGCCACGUGGAUUCACUGCAUUGACCAACAGAAAGCUGCUUGGUUGAAAGUGAGUUCUGUGUGAGCUGUGCUUCAUACAUUCCUAAACUCAUGACAAUAGACAAUGAAGCUUUUUACCUGCACCUUAAUUAUCAAUCGUUUCACACAUAAAGUUCAGUAUCAAACCUACGAUUUCUCAUUUUAUACAUGCAGUGUUUAGAGAAUAUUCUGAAUCAGGAGGCCAAAGGUAAACAAAAACCCAAUUUUGGGGCUCUAUUUGUGUACUGUAAGCAAGCACACGUUAAAUGAUUCAAUGUAGGACCGCUUCGUUUUUCUCUUUAAAACAGAUCAGAUCAUUUUAUCAGUGAUUCCUUGGCACAGCCCUCUUCAUAUUCUCAAAACAAUUACUCAAGUAUCAGACAGGAAAGAUAAUAUGCUCUCAUUCACUUUUCAAAUAUAUAAUAAGUCAAAGAUUUAAAAGCUCUGUGUGCUUGACUGUGAUGCUUGAAUGUGCCAUGCCAAUGUGCUUUUGUAAAGAAAAUACAAUACAAAUUUGAAUGAAUGAUCCGAUUUAGUGUCAGGCAAGUGCAGGAUAGCAUCAGGCGAAUGCUGCUCUGGGCAAAAAUAAAGAAGACAUCAUAUAACAAUAUUUAUUAACUGUUGUAUAUUUGCUCCAAGAGAUUGUCAGUAUUCAAGUGGUCUUAAGUUAGCAAUGGUUUGCUUUGUUACUAUUGUCUAAGUUAUUAACCUGUUAUUAAACUGUAUAAAAUGCAUACUGUUGCUUACAGUAUUGUUGAAUGUGUUGGCAUCUUAUAUAUAAUGUGUCAAUUAAAUA